AUGGUCAAAGAAAGUCGUCUUCGGUUCUCUGGUCAUAUAUUAAGAAGACCGACAGAUCACCUUGUUCAACGAGUUCUGAGGAAUUUCCUGGGUUCGAGUUGCAAGAAGCCACCUGGCCGAAAACGGAAGUUCUGGACUGACGUGGUGAAAGAGGACCUGAGGACACUCGACGUGGAUAGACGGUUCAGGCGAGACGUAGUGUUUCGCAGAAUAUGGAAUAGCGACGAGUUGAUUGGUUCUGUGUAA